AUGGCAAACUGUGGUGGCCAAGAACAACACAUGAACCUUGACAGCUCAUUGUGCCAAAAAAGUCCAUGUGAAAAACAAAUCAGCCCCACCAACACCUUUGAUAUGGAAACCUUCUCGCAAAUCAAUCAUCUCCGCACUUUCUCCGGCUCCACUUUUCCUCUCCCGACAUCAUCAAGAUCGACCGACACAAACGCCAUCCGCGAUGGAUUCAGCCUCCCGCCACAGCAUCACAUCCCCAACGGGCACAAGAAGCAGUACAGGCACAGCGACAGCUUUUCGUCCGUGAAUUCGGAUAAUCAUUCGACAUGCACAGAGGGGCUGGGGCUCGAGAGCUUCAAUGACGUCGACGAGUUUUUCAAAAAUGAAAUCUUUAGUAGGGAUAACAACAAUACUCGCAAUCGGAAAUUGCGAGAGACUCGAGGUCUCACGAGAAACGAGUUGAAAAGAUCGAGAAGCUGCGGCAUGGGCGAACUCCCGCCUCCAAUCUCUUGUAUAGGCAAAUGUGGGAAGCCGUUUGUGAGCUUCAAGUCAUUCAGGCAAGACGGGAGGUUCGUUCUUAAGGAGAUAAGGAUCCCGGAAUUACUGCACGUGUGCCGUGAAAACGGACGGUUGAAAUUGCAGUUCAUCCAGUCUGAUGACGACGACGACGAUGAUGAUGCUAUCGAUGGCGCUACCCAACACUCACGUGCAGACGACGUCGCUCAACGCUCACGCACCCUCAUCUCCACGCCCGUGUGCCCUGUCUACAGCCAACUGACCCCCAGCGCCUCUGCGCAAUGCACUGCAGCGCCACAGCUUCGCGCCAGUGCGCCAUUGCCAGCCGAUGAUGCUCUGCUCCCGACAGCGCCCUCCUCCUGCCACAACCGCCCGCGCCUGCCUCCGAGACCGAGCCAAUACCAGCAGCCGGCAACGCACCAGCGCGCGCCAGCGUCCGAGAUAGCACCAGCACGACCAGCGUGCGUGCUUAGCCAGCCCAGUCGAGGCUCAGCCUUGUGCGCCCCCGAACAGUGA